AGAAGAGAACACUGAGCCAAGUAUGGCAAUAUAUCUUCAAUUGAAUAGAACAUCUUACCGCAUAUUUGCUUUCGUACUUCAAAAGGCAUUAAUCUCAGACAUUCUCUUUAGGCGUGAAUUCUAGCAGAAUUGCAAAGCACAAUAGAUACAAUUAAGGAACACAGAGAUUUGUGGUUUAAAAUAUUAUUCAAUUAUAUCAAUAAGAAUUUUUACUAUCAAAAUGGUUGUUAACAUCCGUGGAGUGAGACCAACUUUGAUUUUCAAUGGACUAAACAGACGACGUUGGUGGAUAGGAGGUUUAAUGAACAUGACGACAAAAUAUCGAAAAUUCAUCUACUUAGCGAUUGGAGUACUCCUUAUGUCAUCUUUCCAUUUGUACAUCCAGAUCACCCUCAUAGACUCAAUGGAAACAACUCUCAUUGACAGGCGUAAUAUGACAUCAAAUUUUGGAUGUGAAGAGAGAAAAUCUAAAAACUUUAUCGUGCUAACCAGCGAUUAUAGCAAUGUUGACGCAUUGGCGGAACUUAUUAACAUUCAUCCAAAUUUAAAACUGGAUACUAAAUUAUUUGAUAGGAUCGUGAAAAUUGACGCUAAAGGUGCUCAAUGGAGCUAUACGAAACUAUUAGCUUAUAUAAAGAUGUACCUGGUAGGGGGUCACAAGCAUUGUGGGUACAGCACAGGGUUUGUGAUAACCCCCAGACAAUUGGAUAAACACCGGCUUAAAAUAACAGAUUUUGCCAAAGUGUUACCUCAUUUCAAACUUGUAGUUCUAUACAGAAAGAAUAUAUUAGAACAAUUCCUGGAAAAGUUAAUCUUGGAAAGCACAAAUGCAAGGAGUCUGAAUUCAAACUCGGCUAAAGUAAAGGUGACAAUUACCUGGCUAAAGUUUGUGCAAUUUAUGGCAGAUGAGAGGAAAUAUUGGCAUGAACAUUUAAAAGACAUUCACCAACAUAGAGAUAAAGUUUUCAUCACUUCAGAGGCCUUGGGGAAAGAUUCAUCAACACCAUUGCAGAGCGUAACAAGAUAUCUUGGCUUUAACUCACCUCAGAGAAUUUAUACACCAAUGGACAAUGUCCCUGUGAAACUGAGCGCCCAAAAGAACAUAGAGAAUUACAAAUAUAUGCGGGAACUGAUAACUAAUACUGCUGCAUUGAUUAAGCUUGAUAUACCAGCUCUGAUUCAGAAACUACAUCCAGGCAUGACAACAGAUAAUAUUCAAACAAUUGAUGCAGUUCCAACAACUAAAACAGUUCAAUCAACUGACAAUAUUCAAUCAACUGAGACAGUUCAAACAACUAGGAAAGUUCAAUCAACCACCGUACUUCGAUCAACUACACGAUUAGCACAGACAACAUUGAAAUCAACAAAACUGCCAGCUACUGCAUCAAAAACAAUUCAUGUUACUAAACCAACAUUAAGAACUACAAUAAACCCAGUAAAAACAACUAAAUCACCUGUUAAAAGUACUGUCAAGCCAACAUCAAAAAGUAACUUGAUAAUAUCAACUGAAGCUAUAGCAGUUAGGAAAGCGCGGGCUCUGCAAUCAAUAACUCAAAAGACGCCAUCUAUAUUAUUAACUAAACUUCUAUCACGUCAAGAGAUCAAACCGACCCAAGAAUACAAACCAACAGAAAGCACAAUACAAGACAAACAAAAGGACGAAAAGGUUAGUCUGAAAUCGUCAACAACUUCAGCGACAAAACCUAUGUCUAGUCAAGAAAUGAAAUCAACUCCUGAAUAUAGAACUUUGACUCAUAGCAAUGUAGAACAGAAUGUUAAAGACCCAAAGAGUGUUGAUAUUGAGGUUUUUUCAACAAUUGAAGAAGAAAUAGAAGUCUGGCCAAGUCAGGAAGACCUCAUUGUUGUGACAACAAAACCAAAGAAACUGAAGAAAGUAACAACGAAAAAACCAUCAUAGCAAAAUGUGUAAGAUUUUCUUGUAGUUCUUUUGGACCACAAUAUCUAAAUGCUUUCUUAAUAUUGUCCCAUUUCUUAAGUCAAAACUCAAUCAAACCUCUUUAAAAAUAUAUGAAAUAUCAAGGUACCUAUGCAUAUAACAAACACUAAACUUCUAAAAAGAGAGUAAAAAUCUCUUUAACUUGAAGAAAAUGAUAUAGUUGAAAGAUAAUUGAAAAAUUAACAUUUUAUAACAUUAAUUUCAACUGAAAUAACAUUUGCCUUCUUUUCUUGAACAUUAGAAGUAUGCUGAACAAAAAAACCUACAGAAUGAUAUUCAAGGAUGAGAAGGUGAAUACGAUUUCAAUAUGGAGACAACCAUGUAGAAAUGAAGUAUCAUGGUAUAAUAUAUAUAAUCAACAUUCCUUCCAAUUACACUUUUCAUUAUUGAUCGAUCCACAAAAGGCUAAUAGAAUGUUCUAGUUUGUUCCCAGAAGAUAUUAAUUAGUCUCACUUUGAAGUAAUUGCUUCAGCUCAAGCUGUGGCCUCCAUGAGGUGAAUGGCUUAUAUGAUAAGUGCACAAAAGCAUUGAUUACCACUAUCUGGUCUUGUCAUACACGUGUCUUUCAUAAUCAAGUUACUUUAACACCACUUCAUAUGAAAGCAUGAUAUUCAUUCAUGAUUCUGAGAAAUAAGUAAAUGUCCCCAUCGAGAGUUUUUUUCAGUGAAUCAAAAAUGUAUUUAUAUUUUCAACUCAAAGCUUGCUGGAUCAAGCUAAAAUAAAAAGUAUUUAGAUUUUAUUUUUCUGUUGAAAAUUGUCGAAAUGAAAUCUAAAGACAAAAAUGUUUCAGUAAGAAUGGAAAAACAGGGUUGAUCCGGUCCCCAUACUCUUUACAUAGGCGUACACGUGCACUUUAGAACACGUUUCUAUUCGUAGAAGGUUUCGAUAUUUCAUAGAAAUUCAAGCAUCAAAUCAAAUUCUGAAUUCUCAAGUUGGAAUUUAAGGAAUGUCAAGGACUCUUCAUGUCAUCAGCAUGUCCCCACUAUUACUCCUAUCUGGUUAGGUCAUGUCCAGAUAAGCUUCCAGAUUAUUACUGGCCAAGGUGUGAAAAACUAAUGUACUACGACAAAAAUCUUGCUUUACGAUAAUGAAAAAAUGACCUUGUAUUGAAUAUAACAUGUUUUUUUUUGUUAUAGUGCAUGUUGUUUUUUAAAUUUGAAGAAUAAUUGUUUGUAUCAUAUUGAAUUUUCUGUAAGACAGAAAGCUGAUAAGUCUGAGACUAUCCCUCAAAGGGUAGCUUAUGUCAAUAAGAAUAAUCAAUGUAAUAAGAUUAGGGAAACCUUUGAUGAAAUGGUCAAGGUGGUCGCUUCUAUUUCAUACAUUUUCUCUCUAAAAUAUGAAUGAACGUUACAAUUUUUAGAAAUAUUUGUACACUUUGGGGUAUUUUCUAAAUGACUGCUUAUUUUAUUCCUUGCCGAUUUCACACUUUUCAUUCUAUUUUUCAGAGGAAUCCUUCGAUUCAAAUUUUAUUACUUUGAUAUUGUUUGAUUUCAUUAUCAUGUGUCGUGACUUCUUAAAUGGGAUGCUCUCAAAAUGCUAAAUGAAAUGUAUGUAUGUAAAAAUGUAUCCUACUUUGCAGGUCAAAGAGGAUUGUGUGUAUUAUAUGUUAAUAUUUUAUUUGAAUAAAAAUUAAUAAAAAUAUAAAAUUAUUGUAAUAUUGAUCUUUGCACUGAUAAUUAAAAAUAACAAUAGACAGAUGUUGAAGAAAAUGAAUGGUUGUGGUAUAAAAAAUAAAAAGUAUGUAAAAAGAUAAUCAAAAAAAUGAAGAAAUGAUGUACAAUCAAAGCACUAAAAUGAUUAAAAGAAGUGGUGCACUAGUUAUUAAUGUAAAAAACACUUACCUUCCUAAACAAUAGCUGUCUCCAGUCCUUUAUAGCAUGAGUUGACACCUCUACAUACUUCCAGAGUUCCUGUCUCAGAUCCAUAUCUGUCAUCCAUUUUUGAGUAUACUUAAUGUCAUAACAUUCUCCCAUGAUAGACUCACGCCAUUUACUUGCUUGUUGCAGUUUCACAAACUUGUCAAAGAAUCUCUCACGAAGC